AUGGAGCUGCAGAUAAAUCAAAAGUUUGCGCGAGAGUACGACAAGCGUAAACGGCGAGAGGAGCUUAGCAACCUUCGAGAAGUCGAACGACAGCUGAACGAACGAAGAGACGUUGACCAGCGGCCAGCACGAGCACGCAACCAGGCACCUUCUCCAUCGGGUGCCAGCUCCUUGCAUUCCUCAUCCAGUGAUGCCGAUGAAAGCACCGAGGAGGAUGACCUGGGCCUGCUGCUCACCAAACGACUGGACGCGCAGUGGGCGCAGACGCUCGAGCUAAUCAGAAGGCGCGAUGCCCGCAUCUACGAUCCAAAUUAUCGUUUCUAUGAUGACUCGGGCAGUAUUAGUGGUCGAUCUGAAUCUAGUCCAGGAACCACAACGAAUGACGAGGCAGAGCCGGUCGCUGGAUACGACCUUCUGGCGCUAAAAGCGGAAAAGGAGAAGGCCGUGUGUCUAGAUCAGUACUGGCGUGAGGGGCUUCUGCGGGAGGCAGAGGCGGAUUCCUCCUCGUCCAUGUCAUCGUCGCAGCUGUCGUCGAAUUCCUCGCAAGUUGGCCAGAGAGACCGAACUGUAACCCCGGACAUGGAGACUGUGGAACGCCGUCCUCGCAUACCGGUCUACGAUGAGCAGCAGGAGGCUCUUCGACUGGAAUUCUUGGAGCGGGCUGCAAGAGAAACCAUGAAGCCGGAUGGUGUAGCGAAUUAUCAUGAGCGCUCUGUCAGCGAAGAAUUGAAUGAAGAGAGCAGUGAAGACUUUUUCAUAGUGAAACAAACCGACCGUCGGUUGGAGGAAAUCCUACAGACCCAUGUCUCUGGUGUGUCUGCACUGGCACCGGGAACCACCACUGACGCUCGGCGUGUGGAUGCUACACCUCAGUCGGAUGAAGAACGACAGCAUGCGUACUUAGAGAAAGAGACCGUAGCCGAGAAGGAUGCCUUUCUGUACGACUAUGUCGUGAACAAUCGAUGGCUCGGGCCUGCUCAUGAUCUGCUGCAGCGCGUUGCAUCUGUCGAAAAUCUCCGCAAUCCACAAACGUCUGACACUCUAGAAGAGGACGAGCAGUUCCUCGAAAGGCAGGAUCAGUUCGAGCAAGCACACAAUUUCCGUUUCGAGGAGCCGCAUGGGGAUCUCAUUCCCUCGCACCCGCGUCGAAUUGAGGGCUCACUGCGCAAGCCAUCGGCAAAGCAAGAAGCGCGGAGACGACAGCGUGAGGCCAAGGCGGCGCGUGAAGACCUCAUGAAGCGCAAACAGCUGGAGACGCUUCGUCGCUUGCGAAAUGUGCAUUUAGCGGAACGCACAGAGCGCUUACAACGCAUUGCUCGCGCUGCUGGUCUGGAGCAGUCGGCAAAGGCAGCGUCAUCCGGCGGACGAGCCUCCUCCGAAAUGGAGCUUGUGGAGCGGGUUCUAGCGCUUGCGGAGAGCGACCAUGAUUUCGACGCCACCAAGUUUGAUACUGCAAUGCGCGACCUCUUCGAACGAGAGGCAUACCAGAGCGCUCCAGAUGAGGGCUGGCAACCGGACGCCGACUUCGGCAUCGGAAAGAGCGCUUCUGGACCCGCUGACAGCUCUGCAGCGCGUAGCGAUCGGGUCACGGGUUCGCAUCGAAUGAACGGUCACCCAAGCGAGAUUGCUACCCCGUUCGAUAACGACAGUGACGUCGACCAGUUUAACCGCGAGGACUUGCUGGCAAAUACUCGUUUCCGGUACCGACGAGUGGAACCGCGCUCAUUCGGUGUCUCACCAGAGGAGAUGCUUGACAUGGACGAACGCGAACUGAACGCCUACGCUUCGAUCAAGUACAUUCAGCCAUUCCGGCCUAUUGAGACGCUGCCCAAACGGCUGCGCAAACUCCACCGAGGCAAUACAAGCAUGCAGCGUUAUCGGCUGCGGCAAGUCCAGCAGCGCGGACGCUUCCGCAAAACUGCCGAUCGAGCGAUGCGAUGA